AUGAAACGUUGCGCUUCGAGGUUGGCACGGCUGAUGAAGUGCCCAGGUGUACGACCCUCCAGCUGCCGGGCUUCAUCCCCAGAGCUUUACGGCGAUGCAAUGUCAGAUCUAUUGGGGGCCGCAUACCAUCCGAAAAAUCAAUUACGACGUCCAUAUCCUCACCUUCCUCAAAAUUAUGAACCACUCUAUGCUCUUCCUCUGCAGAUGGGACGAGGGUGGUAUGCAUUUCAUCAUCCGCUGCCUCAGCAACAAAAAAUGGAUCAAUUUCCGGCCAAGGGUUGCGCAGGAGCUCCUCUUCUUCCUCUGAAGUUGGGACCCAUUCACCACGUUCAUAGUCAUAUUGAACUGCUGCUGGAUACUGUGAGGGGUUUCCGUGGCGAUCUAGAGGUUGUGGUGGUGGUUGAAGAUCGUCCGAAGUGUGGCAUGUUGGUGCUCGAAAGCUCACUUCUCUACCUCUGA